AUGAAGACAGCUCUAUUACUGUUAUUCACUAUAACACUGUCAUUGUCAGCAUCAAUAGAUUAUGUUUUUACUGAUGUAACUGAUGCAGACGUAAAAUUAGAAGAUGAUCACGAUUUAGUUGAAGAGGAUUUAGUAGAGUUUGACACUGAUGAUUUUGAUAGUUCAUUCGAAUACAAUCUUGAAGAUGACAAAGCAAAAGCAGCUCCUAAAAAGGCUGCCCCAAAGAAAGCAGCUCCUAAAAAGGCUGCCCCAAAGAAAGCAGCUCCUAAGAAGUCUACUCCAAAGAAAUCAACUCCAAAGAAAUCAACUCCAAAGAAAUCAACUCCAAAGAAAUCAACAACUAAAAAACCAGCUCAAAAAAAGAAAAGUCUUUUCGGUAAGGUAACUUCAAUGGUUAAAAAAGGGAAGAGUAUUGCUAAAAAAGGAGUGAGUGCUGUUAAAAAGGUUCAAAGCAUUGCUAACAAAGGAAUAAGUGCUGUUAAGAAAGUUCAAAGCAUUGCUAAAAAAGGAGUAAGUGCUGUUAAGAAAGUUCAAAACGCUGCUAAAAAAGGAAUGGGUGCUGUUAAGAAAGGAGUGAAUGCUGCUAAAGAGAAAAUAAAUUCAAUUAAGAAAGGAGGUAAAGAAUUACUUAAUAAAGGAAAGAGUGCUUUGAAAAAAGGAAAGGAUAUGAUAAAUAAAGGAAAGAACGCUUUAAAGAAAGGAAAAGAUGCAUUGAAGAAGGGUGUUGAUAAUUUAAAAAAGAAAGGUGCUAAAGUACUCAAAUCAGCUAAAGACAAAGGAAAGAAAGCAGUAGAGAAUAUUAAGAAGUAUGGAAAAAAGGCUAUGAAGAAAUAUUCUGAUGCCAAGAAGAAGAUAAGUGAAGGAAUCAAAGGAAUGUCUAAGAAAGCUCAAAAGAAAUUCAAAGAAACUGCUAAUAAAUUGAAAGAGAAAGCAAAAGGAAUGGCUGAUAAAUUUAAAAAAUUAGGUAAAGUUACUAUGAAAGGGGCUAGUUCUGUUUUCAAAAAAGAAUGGAAAAAGAUGCAAAGUAAAAUUAGUAAAGCACUUAAGAACGCAGCAGGUGAUGUUAGGAAAAAGUUAUAUGAUGGAUUAAAGAGUCAAUGUUGGUUCAAAGCACUUCAAUCUUGUGGAUGUUGUAAAACUUGUAUGGCACAAAAACCACCUUCUUGUGGAUGUUACAAAAAAACUAGUGGUGGCUCAUCAUCACAUAGUAAAUCAAAAAGAUCCUCUAGACGUUCAUCAAGAAGUUCAUCAAGUAGUGGAUCUGGAAGUUCAUCAGGUAGUGGAUCUUCUGCAAGUGCUUCUGCAAGUGCCUCUGUUAAUGUAGGUGGUGGAUCUGAUAGUGGAUAUGCUGGUGGAUCUGAUAGUGGAUAUGCUGGUGGAUCUGAUAGUGGGUCAAGUGCAGGACAACAAGUAAAUCCUGUUUUCAAUAAUAAUGUUAAUGGUGGAGGAUAUCCAUCUGGAAGUGCAGGAUCUAGUGCUGCCACUAGUGUUCAACCAAGUGCUCCUGUAAUUCAACCAAGUAGUUCUGUAAUUCAACCAGUACCAUAUCCUGUUCCAAGUGGAAGUGCUUCUGGAGCAACUGCUUCUGCCCCUGCACAAGCAUCUCCUAUUAUCGUACAACCAUCAAGCCAACCAAGUAUUAUGCCAAUGCAACAGCAACAACAACAACAACAAAUGGCUCCUCAAAUUAUUCAACAACCAGCAGCACCUUCUCAACCACAAAUAAUACAAGUUCCAAGUGCUAGUUCAUCUGCAGCAGCAUCAUCUGCAACAUCUACUCAACCACAAAUGCCAACAAUCAAUAUGCCAGCUAUUACUAUCACUAAUACCAAUGACAAUAAAAAAGAAAAAACUUCUGAGAAGAAAGAACAAAAAGUUGCUGAGAAAAAAGAACAAAACGAUAUUGUUAAAACUGAGAGAGAAUCUAGAAAUCUUGAGAAGAAAGUUGGUAAAGGAGGAGUUCUUAGUAAUGAACAAGAAGAACAGAAAGAACAACGUCAAGCAGUUAAGAUUGUUCGUGUAUAUGAAAAACAACAACAUAAGAAAGAAAAGAAAGACAAACAAAUAGCUGAUAAAAUUAUUACAGAGACUGUUCCAGAAGAAAAGGUUAUAACUAAAAAGACUGUUGUAAAAAAUAGAGUUAAAACUAAAGAAGUUAUUCCAGAAGAAAACGUUAGUGUCAAAAGAACUGUUACAAAACCUAAUACCCCAAAACAAGAACAAAAGCCAUUUAAAAUACCUGAACCAGAACCAUUUAAAUUACCAGAACAUAUCGAAACAUCAAAGCUUACUAUUAAAACACAAAAGAAUAAAUCACAUAAAAAACAUGUUAUUAAAAGAAGAGGAUGUCCAUGUAUCCACAAAGUCCCAGACGUACCAUGUAAAUGUUCUAGCAUAAAGAGAAAUGAGAGAGAACUUAAAAGUAUUAUGAAGCAUUUAAACCGUCUUUAAAAUUUAAUGGAAUUACUUGUUAAACGGUU